CUGAAUUUUAAAGAACUAUAGCAAACUAAAACCUGGAAAAGAAAUCCUACUAGAUUUUGGAAAACUAGAGAACCUAGGAAACUAAUCAAUUUAGGUCUUACACAUCCUGCAUCACUAAUCCCUUUUGUUCUUGAUGCCCUGCACGAAACAGAAAGCCUAAUCCCUUUUGCAUUACCAUCAUUUAGUAUCUAUGAGCAACUAAUCGUAUAAUGUUUCUUAAGCCUGAUAUACUAUGAGAACAGCCAAUACUUUGAUCACAGACGAUAUUUUAUUUGUGAAACCUGGUCUUUAUAGGCUAUGGGUUCUGCCCUUCAGUUGCUUGAACUUCUUUAACAUCCAAGUAUGCACCAUGUCAUUAAUAUUUUUCUGGAUACAAGUAAGAAAUAAGAAUAUUUUUUUAAGGUUCUCUCUCUCUAUCGCGCAUAAAUAAGGUUUUGUUGCUUUAGAAGGUGAAAUUGUACCUGAAAAUUUCCAACUUUUUAAAGCAACAAUCUACUUAUGUAGGUAGAACUUAAAAUCUUUGUGGACAAUUUUUUUCUGACAUCAAAGCAUUACUAAUGAGUGACAAGAUGUUAUAUAUAUAGAUUUUUUUUCACGGGGUGAUGCAUUGAAAUCUGAAGGAUGGCGAUCAGAUGUUCAUCUGCUUCUGAUAAACAUAGCUACAAAUUCUCAGAAAGGGGGAUGGGCUGGUGAGAACAGAAACAUUUACCAGCUGAUAUUUGGGGUGAUACGCAGCGGCAUAUUUCCUUUCUUCAUCUUGUGUCCGCCCCCCUUAUUUAGCUGAGGGUCUUGAUAUUUUCCAUAGAGGCAAACAAGAAACUGGAACUAAACUUGCUGAAUUUUGUGCUCAUGCUCUUUUGGCCUUAGAGGUGCUUAUGCAUCCCAGGGUCCUUCCGCUGGCGGAUUUCGCUAAUGCACCUAGCCUCUCUGAUGGAGUUCGCCACAAACUCCCAGAAAAUAUAUACUCUGAUAGUCUAAGGCAGCAAACCCCAUAUGAUAGCUGGCUUGCAAAUUAAAGGCAGUAACUAGUCAUUAUUCUGUUAGUUUACUAAUAUAUUCUCAUCUGUAAUUAGUUAUGACAGCUCAACAUAGCUGUUAUGUAUAAGGGCCUUUGUAACAGUUUAUUCAUUAAUGAGAAUCACACUUCCUUUACAAAUAGUAAAGAAAUGGAAGCACAAGUGAGUGACCUAGGAAAGACUAUGCAGGCUGGAGAGCCAUCAAAAACUACAACAGUUCAUCGGGAUAAAAUGCUUUCUGUAGAUGGUUCAUUUAGUAAAGAGACUCUAGCAGGAAGUGCACAGGAGCUCACAGCAACCAUUGAGGAUGUGGAGAUGAGAGGCAAUGGGGAUGAAAAUAUGAUUGAAUCCCACCAAUUGCAAGAAUCGAUAGUUCAAUAUCAGGAUAUCGUGUGUCCAAAGGUUGUUUCAGUUGCUGGAACUACUAUUACUGAAGAAGUGUUUGGGAGGGUUGAUUUGGAAAGUGGCCCAUCAGAUCAAGCAGAUAGCAAUGCGGUGGAUGUUCUGGUGGCUAAAGGUGAUGAGUCUCUUGGCAGAGACAAUUACGCUACUACUUCAAAUCCUGAGAAGAGCAUGGGAGUUGCAUUUGAAACGGGCAAUGAUUCAGAUGCAGGUUCAUUUCCUGAUAUCGUGGACGUAGAUCCAGAAUCUGAUUUUGAAUUAUGUAAGAAUUUUUGUUGUGUUCAAUUUGUUUUGUAGCUAGAGAUACUAAAAUUCGACGCGUCUAUCAUCAUAGGUUUUUUUUUUCCUUAGUUUGGGAGGGAUUAAGGAGUUGAUUUACAUUGUUGGGGAGCCUCACAUUACAUUGGUUUAAUAGGCGCUUGUCAUCUUUUGUCACACAGUUUUAGGGACCCUGCUGUUUUGUGAGCUUUUAGAGUUUAGUCAUGCUGGUUUGGUGAUCCAAGCAGGGCUGCAACUACUUCCCAGCGCUGUGAAUCUUCCUCAUCAACCAAAAUGCCUCUUAAUAAUAAAAAAUUUGAUAA